AAGGUGAGAAUCAUUACUUGGGAAGAGCACACACAGUUGAGAACUGAGAAGACACACCGGACGGCAUGAGGUUGCUCUUCGGCAUUGUGAGGCUCGUUGCUCUGGUGUUCAUGGUGGUCGCCAGUUCAUUGGUUGAUCAGGCAGUAGUACAAGUUGGUGCUAUUCGGCUGCACGACAGAAGGGCACACGGGGAGCAGUGGGCGGAGGAGAGGAUGCAGCUGAGGGCGUACCUGACCAUGGACUACAACGACAAAAAACUCAAUAAGCGGCACAUCCCCAAGCACAACUGAUUCAGCUGAUAGCAUCAGAAACUCUCGAUGGCCACCUGUUGAAACCUGAUGACAGACAGGCGAAAGUUGCUGAUGAUCCCUCUUCUGUUUCCCCCAGUAUGUGUAUGUAUGUAGUGCGAGCGUGCAGAUCCUGUGCACGCAAAUUUUGCCCCCCUGACCAAAUGUUAUUACUAGCUUAGGAUCGACAUAUACGUACUAAGUUAUAGUACUAGUACUGUAGUAGUAGUGUUCAUUUUCUUUUCUUUUGGAAGAAGAAGGUAUUCUGAUGCCGUUUGGUGAAGUUGUGCUUAUUCUCCUGUAAGUUGGAUAUGCUUAUAAACUGAACAUGUAGGGAACCAGACAAGUCCCCUGAAAGAGCAUUUAUUA